UUAGUGGGAGAGUGGUCGUGCGCAACCUGAGGGUCCCUGGUUCAAUCCCCACCUAGUACCAACCUCGUUACGUCAGUUGUGUCCUGAGCAAGACACUUCACCCUUGCUCCUGAUGGGUGCUGGUUAGCGCCUUGCAUGGCAGCUCCCUCCAUCAGUGUGUGAAUGGGUAAAUGUGGAAGUAGUGUCAAAGCGCUUUCAGAACCUUGUAGGUAGAAAAGCGCUAUACAAGUACAACUCAUUUAUUAUUUAUCAUUUAGAUAUAUAUGAAAUACUGGUGAAUUGGCUGUAAAUAUACACCCCUCCCCUCUUAGCCACGCCCCCUCCCAACCACGCCCUCAAACCACGCCUCCGCCCAGACCACGCCCCCCACCCCCGAAAUCGGAGGUCUCAAGGUUGGCAACUAUGUGUGUGCGGCCCUCAGUGGAAAAAGUUUGGACACCCCUGCCUUAAGUCAACCAUUUAUAAAUAACUCCUAAUUUUAUUAUCGUCAGACUCAGCGACAAUAAAUUAUAUAUUUCAUUUAUUCAUGUAUUGUGUAUUUUUAUUUCACCAAUAAAACGAAAUGACUUUAGUGGAGUCUUUUUACGCAGGAAUAUUUGAACCCCGACCACUAGGUGGCAGCAACACUACGGAGAAGACGCUCCCGGAAGCGGACGUCCUACCCGUUUAAACGUCACAACAAUAGCCUUAGCAUCACUUGUUCACAACUGUUGACUUUCUUGUGUUGUUCGGUAAACUUCUCCGGGAUGGAGGACGAUGAACGGCUGCGCUCUUUCACCUUUUUAAUGACCUACAUGCUGCUCAAGCGCCGGAGAGACUUGAACAGCGCGGACGUGGAGAGACGUAAUGAGAUCCAGAGACGCGUCCGACAGCGACGAUACUUCUUCCAGAGGCAGAGGAGGAUGAUGAUGAUGAUGAUAGCGGGGGGUCUUCGCUCUAGCGUUCACAUCCGCACACGCCCCUGGACGACCGUCCCGAGCACGGAUUGGUGGGAGCGCGUGGCCAUGACGGAAUUCCAGCCCUCCGACUGGCUGGACAAGUUCCGGAUGAGCCGCGAGACCUUCUUCUUCAUCUGCGACAAGCUGCGCUCCCGCCUGACCCGCCAGGACACCAGCUUCCGCCUGGCGCUGCCCGUGGAGAAACGCGUGGCGGUGGCUCUGUGGCGCUUGGCGUCCAACGUGGAGUACCGCACCAUCAGCGCCCUGUUCGGCGUGGGCAAAUCCACCGUGUGCAAAUGCGUGCGCGACAUGUGCCACAGCAUCGUGGCGCUCCUCGGCGCCGACUACCUGCGCUCGCCCACCGAGCAGGAGCUGGAGGAGUCGGCUCGGCUUUUCUCGUCCCAGCGGGGCUUCCCGCACUGCGCCGCCGCCAUAGCAACGCUCCACACGGCCAUCAUCACCCCCUCCAACAACGCAUCCGACUACGUCAACCCCGCCGGCUGGCUGUCUGUGCUGUCUCAGGUGGCGGUGAACGGCCGAGGGCUGAUCUGGGACGUUUGCGCCUGCUUCCCAGGAGGGAUGGAGCCGGCAGACAUCUUGCAGAACUCGGUGCUCUGGGCCACGGCCGCAGAGGGCGGGCUGUCACAGGCGCCACCAUCGCCCUUCAUGGGGAAGCAACUCAGCUACGUGCUGCUCGGGGAGCCCUGCUACCCGCUCCAGAGCUGGCUGAUGAAGGCCUACCCGGACAAAAGGCCCACCAGGUCCAACCCCGUGGCGCUGACGGAGCGCCAGCAGCUUUUCAACCAGCGCCUCCGCAGAGCGCGCCACGUCUCCCAGGAGGCGCUGCUGAGGCUGAAGGCGCGCUGGCAGUGCCUGAGCAAGAGGAACGACUGCGGGCUGCACGUGGUGCCCACCAUGAUCCUGGCCUGCUGCAUUCUGCACAACGUGUGCGAGUCCCACGGCGACGCCUUCAACGCCGAGUGGCUGACCGAGGUGGCCGAGGCGGAAAGCCCCCAGCCCAGCUACGCCGAGGCUCCCCCGAACGCUGGCGAACCGAGUCAGGGUGAGGAAGUCCGGCAACUUUUUUGUGACUAUUUUCAACAGUCUGAUGACAGGAGCCCAUCAUCGUAAACAACUGUACAGACAUUUCAAAAAACGAUAUUACAAUAAAUACAAACCCCGUUUCUAUAUGGGAAAUUGUGUUACAUGUAAAUAUAAACGGAAUACAAUGAUUUGCGAAUACAUUUCAACCCAUAUUUAAUUGAAUGCGCUACAAAGACAAGAUAUUUGAUGUUCAAACUCACAAACUUUAUUUUUUUUUGGGCAAAUAUUAAUUAACCUAGAAUUUCAUGGCUGACACACGUGCCAAAGUAGUUGGGAAAGGGCAUGUUCACCACUGUGUUACAUUACCUUUUCUUUUAACAACACUCAAUAAACGUUUAGGAACUGAGGAAACAAAUUUUUGAAGCUUUGAAAGUGGAAUUAUUUCCCAUUCUUGCUUGAUGUACAGCUUAAGUCGUUCAACAGUCUUGUUGUCGUAAUUUACGCUUCAUAAUGCACCACACAUUUUCGAUGGGAGACAUGUCCGGACUGCAGGCGGGCCAGGAAAGUACCCGCACUCUUUUACUACGAAGCCCCGCGGUUGUAACACGUGGCUUGGCAUUGUUUUGCUGAAAUAAGCAGGGGCGUCCAUAAUAACGUUGAUUGGAUGACAACAUAUGUUGCUCCAAAACCUGUAUGUACCUUUCAGCAUUAAUGGUGCCUUCACAGAUGUGUGUUACCCAUGCCUUGGGCACUAAUACACCCCCAUACCAUCUUUGUGCCAUCCUAGUUACUGCCGUUGUGUCCUUGGGCAAGACACUUUACUCACCUACUCCCAGUGCCACCCACACUGGUUUAAAUGUAACUUAGAUAUUGGGUUUCACUAUGUAACGCGCUUUGAGUCACUUGAGAAAAGCGCUGUAUAAAUAUAAUUUACUAAUUCACAGAUGCUAGCUUAUACAUUUUGCGCCUAUAAAAAUCUGGAUGGUUAUUUUCCUCUUUAUUCCAGAGUACACCACGUCCACAGUUUCCAAAUAUAAUUUGCAAUGUGGACUCGUCAGACCACAGAACACUUUUCCACUUUGCAUCCGUCCAUCUUAGAUGAGCUCGGGCCCAGCGAAGCCGGCGGCGUUCCUGGGUGUUGUUGAUAAAUGGCUUUCGCUUUGGAUAGUAGAGUUUUAACUUGCGCUUACAGAUGUAGCGACCAACUGUAGUUACUGACAGUGGUUUUAUGAAGUGUUCCUGAGCCCAUGUGGUGAUAUCCUUUACACACUGAUGUCGGUUUUUUUUAUGCAGUACCGCCUGAGGGAGCAAAGGUCCGUAAUAUCAUCGCUUACGUGCAGUGAUUUCUCCAUUUUAUCUCAACCUUUUGAUGAUUUUACGGACCGUAGAUGGUAAAAUCCCUAAAUUCCUUGCAAUAGCUCGUUGAGAAAUGUUGUUCUAAAACUGUUCGACAAUUUGCUUACAAAUUGGUGACCCUCGCCCUGUCCUUGUUUGUGAAUUACUUAGUAUUUCAUGGAAGCUGCUUUUAUACCCAAUCAUGGCACCCACCUGUUCCCAAUUAGCCUGCACACCUGUGGGAUGUUCCAUAUAAGUGUUUGAUGAGAAUUCCUCAACUUUAUCAGUAUUUAUUGCCACCCUUCCCAACUUCUUUGUCACGUGUUGCUGGCAUCAAAUUCUAAAGUUAAUGAUUAUUUGCAAAAAAAAAAAAGUUUAUCAGUUUUAACACUAAAUAUGUUGUCUUUGUAACAUAUUCAACUGAAUAUGGGUUGAAAAGGAUUUGCAAAUCAUUGUAUUCUUUUUAUAUUUACAUCCAACACAAUUUCCCAACUCAUAUGGAAACGGGGUUUGUGAAUACAUUUUUGUAGCAGAUUCCUAAAAUCUUGUCACAAAAAAGAAGAGCACAGCAUUCCUCUUUUCUAGCAUAAACAUAUUGCUUUUGUAUUAACUUAUGACUUUUGGUGUGGUAUAAAGACCAAAUGAAAAAUAAAUGCACCU